GGCAGGCGAGCAGCGAGACAGGCAGAACAUGAACCAACACUAGCUUGUGCUGCCACGGGCCCCAUCAAGGUGACCUUCCUGGACAAAUUUUCCAUCUAAAUUCACUUUCUCACAGUUGUUUUUGACACGCCGGCAUCGAGAGUAGUUAUUUCUAGUCUAUUCCUGCAGUGGGUAGCCAGACUACUGGAACCAGCUAAUCAUCCAGAACUUGGGAGUCUACCCGCGUAUUGGAGCAAUCGAUAGUUGUACGUUUUCCUUGUUUGUGAGAGGGAAACCCAUUUUUGUUUCUAUAACCGUGAAGUGUCAUUUUCUACAUAGUGCUCUAAGUAGUAUCAUCUACACGUUGGCAAAGGUUAAGCCUGUGCAAAAUCAAAAUAUAAAUAUUUUCUUUGUCCAAUUGCCAUACCUCCAAGUGACGGGUACACAAGUGAGAAAUAACAGGAGUUUAUCAAUCGCAAGUGCGAUCGUGUUCAAUAAAAUAGAGUAACGAAACGGUCUCAAUCAACAAACGGCUUGCAAGUAGUAGAAGGGAAAAAAAUCUAUCAGGAAAUCGCAUUUCGCAGAAGAGGUGGUUUAGUAUUGAGCUAAACCUUGCAGCAACUAGAAGGCGCUAAACGACAGUCCAACAUACAAAUCUACAGAUUAGACGGUGCGUGUGAAGUCAAUAACAUUUGAUUAGAGCAACGAUUACGACGCCCCCAGGACGACCGAGAAGAUGGAUUUGGUCAAACCCUUCAUCAAUUUACACGUGGAUGGAGUGAGCAAAGAAAUACGUGAACAAUGUCAGGAGCUGAUACUAACAGACAGACAGGUCGAGGAACUGAUGCGGCGAGUACUAAUCGAGAUCAACCGUGGUCUGCGCAAGGAAACACAACCCACCGCAGACGUCAAGUGUUUCAUCACCUACGUGCAGGACCUGCCGAAUGGAAAAGAAAAGGGCAAAUUCCUGGCGCUUGAUCUUGGCGGCACCAACUUCCGAGUGUUGCUAAUUCACCUCAAGGAUGAGAAUGACUUCGAGAUGUUGUCAAAAAUCUACGCCAUUCCACAGAGUAUUAUGCUUGGCAGUGGGACCCAGCUGUUUGAUCACAUUGCGGAGUGUUUAGCUAACUUUAUGAAGGAACAUUCAGUGUACGACGAGCGACUACCUCUGGGCUUCACAUUCUCAUUCCCGCUGACACAGCUUGGUCUUACCAAAGGUAUUCUAGCCCGAUGGACAAAGGGAUUCAACUGUGCCGGUGUCGUCGGCGAAGAUGUAGUUCAGCUGUUGAAGGACGCCAUCGCCAGACGAGGGGACGUUUCAAUAGCUGUAAUGGCAAUCUUAAACGAUUCCACCGGAACGCUUAUGUCGUGUGCGCAUAGUAAUCGCAAUUGUAGAAUUGGAGUGAUAAUUGGCACCGGCAGUAAUGCAUGCUACGUGGAAAAGGUGGAAAACUGCGAAAUGUUCGAUGGCUACAAGGAUCCUGCCAAGAAACACGUGCUUAUCAACACCGAGUGGGGUGCCUUCGGCGACAAUGGCGCGUUGGACUUCGUGCGGACAGAGUACGAUCGGGAGAUCGAUUCGUUUAGUAUAAAUCCCGGCAGGCAGAUACAGGAGAAGAUGAUCUCUGGAAUGUACAUGGGCGAGCUGGCUCGCCUAGCCAUCGUGAAGUUCACCAAGGCCGGACUGCUGUUUGGUGGUGUCGGUUCCGAUAUUCUGUUCAAGCGCGGCCAGUUCUUCACUAAAUAUGUGUCUGAAAUCGAGUCGGACAAGCCUGGAACCUACAACUACUGCCGGGAUGUACUGGAUGAGUUGGGCUUGGAGCAUGCAACCGAUGAGGAUUGUGCGAAUGUACGCUUCAUUUGCGAGUGCGUCUCAAGCAGAGCCGCACAUCUCGUGUCCGCCGGAAUUGCUGCCCUUAUCAACAAAAUGGACGAGAAAAGUGUAACUGUUGGUGUUGACGGUUCAGUUUAUCGUUUCCACCCGAAAUUCCAUGAUCUGAUGACGCAAAAAAUCAGACAAUUUGUGAAACCCGACAUCAGUUUCGACCUGAUGCUGUCAGAAGAUGGUUCUGGCCGUGGCGCGGCACUGGUUGCCGCGGUGGCGUGUAGAGAGGCUCACUAAGAAAUGAUGUUCUUAAUCCUCAUCAAACCAGAUUCACAACUACUACACUAGUGAUUUAGAAAGUAAUUGUAAACGAAACAAAAAAUACACAGACAGCAGGAAAACAAACAAAAAUAGAAUAAAAGAAGCUAAUGUUGGAAUGAUUGUCAUAGAAAGUUGAAACGUAAGCAAAAAACUAAACUAAAAAUCAUGGGAAAAGUUGCAAGAGUGAUUAACAGAAAUUUAAGAUACAAUAGUUAAUCGAUUCAACCAACGGAAACAGAUGUAGGCAAAAAAGCAUUGUAAAUGCAAGGCGAAAUUAGUUCUCCAACUGUUGAGUUUAUUUGUACAUUAAUAAGUUUUAAGAAAUUUUAUUAUAAUAAACCAUUAUACAGGCAAUUCAAAAUUGACACCUUUGAUGACUAAGAGGAAACCAAUUAUAUUCGUAUCAUUUUAAUUUGCUAUUUACUUAUAACAGCGGCUGACGAUUAGAAACUAAUUCUAAUUCUAAUCUUUUUUGACCUUAGAUAUUGUUGUGAUUCUAUCUAUUGUAAAUACAAACUUCUUUACGAUUAAAGUAAUGAAAAGGCUCCUCCGACUAACAGUCGAGCAGACUGUUUACCAUGUGACCGCACUGCAAGCUGAUUUCAGAGCGAAUGGGAAAUUGUAUUCCUACUACUAAAUAUUUGUUUGUUUUUUUUUUGUUUGUAGGGUAUCGCUUUAAUUAGAAAUAAAAGAGUCUGUUUAAAGCGAAUGAUAGCAUAAGAAGCUGUUCAUCGAUGGUAAAAUAGUUAAAAAAAAUCACUAUAACAAACAAUUACCUCUCCAUGGUUUAAUUUCACAACAACUGUAGUGAUGAUGUUAGAUCAUCCUAUUUUAGUAAUUAGUUGUUAUUUUUUAACAAACGCAUGAAGUUACGAACAUCAAUCAAUCAAAUUGCGGCUAGGUUUGCGAAAGUUGGAGAAACAAAUGUUUCAGUUUUAAGACGGAAAUAAAAAAUAAGGUAAUAAUUUAAAUUAUCUAUAUCAAAAAUAGAAACAAAACAAUAGUAAAGUGUACAUUACUAAAUUAACAUAGAAAAUUACAACAGUUAUUUGUAAUUUGAAUAAAAAAAAUCAAAGGUAUCUAUUAUAAUACUGUUGACAGUGAAAAGAUGAAAAUAAAGUACUAUUGAUCUAGUAGAUUGCAA